AUGCAUCGAGCACAUAUAAGAAACGACACUUUGCUGCUGCAAAAGGUCAAGUACGUUGAGCCUUUCAACCAGCUGGACAACAUUGGCAGCAUCAAAUGGCGCACGUCACUACGCUUCCUAGUCUUAUACUAUUUCCUCGAACAAAAGCUUAUCGACCGUACCAUCUUCACAAAAGAUGGAUUGGAGUCGUUGCAGAGAGCGUGUAAGAGCAUCGCCGAUGGGCAGAUUCGGUUCGAGAAAAAGCCAACGCGCCCACUUCUCGUCAUUCCAAAAAGCGUCCAAACCACAGAAGUCCAGACUCGACCGGGAUCAGAAGAAGACGACGAAGACCAAGAUUUUGAAGGCAUACUCGUCAAGCGGGAGGAUAUGCCAGUCGUGCUGGUGAAAGCAACUGAGGAUGAUCCUACACGUGCGGUCAGUACCAUGGUGCAACGAGACGGCAUCGUUGCCGCAAGACCAUUCCCGAAGAAAAUGACCAGUCAAAAGAAUCCAGAGCGGAGUUGCGGACAUGCGUCAGCUGGAACUAUCUUCGCAUGCGAGUCUAAGAGAAAAAGGUCUGCGGAUGACCAUGCCAAGAGAGAGAAGGAGCAGGACAGAGAAGAGGAUGCGAAGCUGGUAUGCAGCCGCUUCAAGCGCCUCGCACAGAUCAAAAUUGAGAGUCUGCAAAGGGAAGCGACUGCGAUCCAGGAUACGUUGAAUGCGCACACCAUGACAUUCAACGAGGCCGUCAUGGCGGUUUCGACUUAUGAGAAGGCUCUCCUAGUUGCAAAAGCAAGGCUGGAGGCAGUACAAGCUGCAAAGGCGGCCACGGAGACAAAAUUGGAGGAAGUGCACAGUGAGAUAACUACCAAGAGCUGGAUAUUUCAGGAAGGCUUUGAGUCUUUCUACGGUUGA